GCUAUUUAUCGUUAAAACGCGAUCGCUCUCGGUUAUGGCUCGUACAAAGCAAACUGCUCGUAAAUCAACCGGUGGAAAAGCUCCACGAAAACAGCUCGCAACAAAGGCAGCUCGUAAGAGCGCUCCUGCGACCGGUGGAGUCAAGAAACCUCAUCGUUACAGGCCUGGUACGGUCGCUCUUCGAGAGAUCCGUCGAUACCAGAAAUCCACCGAGCUGCUGAUCCGCAAGCUGCCAUUCCAGCGUCUCGUGCGAGAAAUCGCUCAAGAUUUUAAGACCGAUCUGCGUUUCCAGAGCUCCGCUGUCAUGGCUCUUCAAGAAGCUAGCGAGGCUUACCUUGUUGGUAUGUUUGAAGACACAAACUUGUGCGCCAUACACGCCAAGCGCGUCACCAUCAUGCCCAAGGACAUUCAGUUGGCCCGCCGAAUCCGUGGAGAGCGAGCAUAAGGUGGACAGUACAGUCCUUCACAAAACAUGGAGCCACCACAUGAGUAAAAGCAAUGACCGACACGUACAAAUGAAAUCACAGACGCUUUCAUUUCAAUAACUUUUGUCUUCGAAGUUGAAACCGAACGUGAAAUGUUUAGUCUGUUGUUAUAACACCAAAAUAUGAAUCCCCUUGUCCAGUUUUUAUUUGGCAGUAGCACUUAUUUAGUAAAAUGUUGAAGAAAUG